UCCCCUGUUUUUCUUAUCCUCAGACGCUCUUGUUGUUUUUGUUGUUCUUCUUCUCUUGUUCCAACCCCUUCACCGUUUCUUACAUGUCUAUCACUGCCACUGCGUUCAAGUCUCUCACCAUGGCCGAUUCGUGCCUCCUCUCUUCUCCCUCAUCCCUCUUUCACAACAUAACCAAAUCCCACGUUUUCUCACCUCCUUCCAAACCCCUUACACUCCAAUUCUCAUGCCUCAAUUCCUCCCCCUCGCUCUCUCUCUCCCUCGCUGCACGAACCCACCGUUACCCCGUCCUUACCCACGUCGCCCAAACUUCUGAUUGGGCCCAGCAAGAAGACAACGCCGCCACCUUACAGGACCAAGAGGAAGAACAAGAAGGGGGUGGCCUCCUCGAUUGGGAGGUCGCGGGCGAAGGCGUGGAAGAUGAGGGUUUCGUGGAACCACCGGAAGAGGCCAAGCUCUUCGUCGGGAACUUGCCUUACGACGUUGAUAGUCAGAAAUUGGCCAUGCUAUUCGAACAAGCCGGAGUCGUCGAAAUCGCCGAGGUGAUUUAUGCCAGGGACACUGACCGGAGUCGUGGAUUUGGAUUUGUGACGAUGAGUACUGUUGAAGAAGCUGAGAAAGCUGUGGAGAAAUUCAAUAGCUAUGAUUAUGAUGGAAGACUGUUGACUGUUAAUAAGGCUUCUCCGAGAGGAGCUCAACCUGAACGCCGACCUCGUCGUAACUUUGAGCCUGCCUUUUCUGUCUAUGUUGGUAAUUUGCCGUGGGAUGUUGAUGGUACCAGGUUGGAGCAAGUUUUCAGCGAGCAUGGUAAGGUUUUGAGCGCUAGGGUAGUCUAUGACAGGGAGAGUGGUCGUUCACGUGGCUUUGGCUUUGUCACAAUGUCGGAUGAGUCAGAAAUGAAUGAUGCUGUUACUGCUCUUGAUGGUCAGACUUUGGACGGAAGGACAAUUAGGGUGAAUGUUGCUGAGGACAGACCCCCCAGGCGUAGCUCCUUUUGAGUGGUACCCCACGUAGUUCCCCAUUUCAGCUGCUGGAGUUCUCUUGCAUUUUUUUUAAUGGCUGAGGAUAUAGUGACAAUUUUCUUUGAAGGAAAUUCCCCUUCGGGCGCCAGUUUCAGAUUAGAUUUAUUUGGUUUGAUAUUAUGAAUGUGAUGUCCAGAUGAAAAGGAAGUUGUAAUCCUAACUUCUAAGAUCUUGGAAAAAAUGUAUACUAUGUUGCGUUUU